AUGGGUGGUCCAGGCUCAGGAGGGUACAAAAACAAACCAGGUGAUACCGAAACUCACUCAGCAUGGGACAUUAUUCCUCAAGAUCCCGAGGGCACUCAGAAGCUCGCGCAGGUACGAUGCAAGUACUGUAGCAGAGAAAUGGCCCAGCAUACCUCCCGGCAGCGUGUCCACCUGCUCGGCUGCAAAAACUACCUGGAAGCGAUGAAGGAACAAGGCAUCGAGAACAGCAUUACCCGUCAAGCCGCCGAUCCUCAGGCAUUCUUUCGCAGCUCGGACUGGGCGCAAAAGACCACCGAGGCAAAGGCUCCCAAGGUUUUCAAGAUGGGGGAUCACACUACCGCUGUGCGCAUACAGGCACUGGCGCUGGCAGAGGCAACCAUUUCAUACGACCGUAUCCAGGAAAUCACCGGCAUGGACCCCAAAGUGAUAGCUGGCCUGCGGCGACUUGCGCGCGAACGCGGCUACGAUCCCAGUGUCUCGAUGCAACUCAAAGAAGAAUAUGUCGUCGAUCCCCCCAACGCGCCGCGCCCUCGAGGCCGACCCCCUAAGAAGAGAAAGCAAGAGGACGACGUCGAUCCUGCCUUGACCAACAACAUCCAGGAGGGCUCUCGGCCUCAGAGUCCAAGCUAUAGUGGCACACCUACCAACCGUAGCAAUCUGCCCCCGGGACAGUGGGAUUUCAUCGCUCCGACACCACCACCUAGCGGGUACACGAUGACCUAA